CUCGGUUUUUGCAAUGUUUGUUUUCAUUUUCUGUUUCUUCGUUUAUUUGCUAAGAGAACCUAAAAAUCAAAUUUGCAUACAUUUGCUUAUAGUUGUAUUUUUAUUUAAUAUGUCGGCUUCUUUAUUGAAGGUGGGAACAUUUAAACACAUUACUUGCCGGAAUAAUAUUUACCCAAAAAGUACUGUGCAACGCUUUUUUGUGCCAGAUGAUUUCGUCUUUUGGUCAACUGAGUAUAGCAAUUAUUCGCCUCCCAUUUAUACUGCGCCACACAUAAAUGGACAACCUUGGGCUGAUCCGGACAUCGGUUGUGCCGAUUUUCAACCCAAAUGGAAUCGGCUAGAUGGCGCUGUAAAUCGAGUGUCAUUCAACGGAAUUUACACAAUUGAAAAUGGGUUUCCGAUAAAUCCCAUGGGACGUACUGGUUUGAGCGGUCGAGGACUACUAGGUCGAUGGGGACCAAAUCACGCUGCCGACCCGGUGGUUACGCGAUGGAAACGCGACGCUGAUGGGAAUGUGGCCAUAAAUAGUGAUACACAAAAAAAAAUAUUACAAAUGGUCGCCAUACAACGCCAAGAUAAUAAUAUGUGGGCCAUACCAGGAGGGAUGGUUGAUCCUGGAGAGAAAGUUAGCGCGACACUUAAACGGGAAUUCAUGGAGGAAGCUCUAGAUAGUUUCGAUAAUCAAAAAAUGGUUGAGGAGUUUUUCGCGAAAGGAGUGGAAAUAUAUAAAGGAUAUGUAGAUGAUUUUCGCAACACAGAUAAUGCUUGGAUGGAAACAGUUGCAUAUAAUUUUCAUGAUGAAGACGGAGCUCAAGUGGGGAAAUUGCCACUCUCGGCGGGCGAUGAUGCUGCAAACGUAAAAUGGUUGGAUAUAGAUAGUACUAUAAAAUUACACGCUAACCAUAUUGACAUUAUUAAAGAGGUUAUAAAACGAUUGAAUGCUUACUGGUAGAACAGUUUAUAACUUAAGUUUUAAACAAUUAUUUUUAUAAAUAAAAUAAUGGAACCUA